UUGGGAAGCGGAUGGAUACUCGACAUAAGGAAUAGCUACUAUAAUCUAGCUAAUGUAUGAACUAGCGCGUCUAUCCGUCACUAGCUGUCUCCCUGGUAGGCCCAAUUUUUCUCCCUAUCCUCCUCCUACCUGUUCCCGUGAAGCAGAUCGAACAAGAAAGCCCCGUCCCCCUCCUUUCGCAGGACCCCCUAUUCUACUUCAGCUGCAGCGCCUGUACGCGUCCCUCAGCAAGCCCAGCCAGCGUAUGGGAUCCAGUGCCGGCUCCGCAUCCGGCACGACGAAUGCUGUGGCGUUGGUGCUGCUUGCUUGUGCUUCGUGUUGAGUCGCGCUUGGCGGGUUGCACAGAACCCCACCGCGCGGCCUGCAAAACCGCGGCUGCGGGAAGGGUUGUCGAGCAGACACGACACAUUGGUUCGGGCGCGGUGGGUUGGUGGGCUUCCGGCGUGGUGCUUGCAUAUGUUCCAAGAGCGUUGUGUUGCGUGAGGUGAGGGGUUUGUGCGGUUUGUUAGGGAGGAUGUGACGUAGCGAGGAUGUGACGUAUAAAGGGGUGGGUUCCCCGCUUCUUUGGGUGAGGUAUAAGCUAUUGAGAACUUCAAUUCAUCAUCGAAUAUUCGUCAAUUGCAAGUCUAUUUUAAAAGUCUUACGCAAAGGGAAAGAGAACGUAAAGAGUACUGCAAUCAUGUCUCCCUG